GUGAGAAGGCUCAUGCCUACGCCGUGUUGAAGACCACCUACCAACCUGCGGAUGUUAUUCUGGACCCGGACACUGCGCACCCCAAUCUCCUUGUUUCUGAGGACCGCAGGAGCCUGCAGUGGACAGACACAGAGCAGAGCCUGCCAGACAACCCCAGAAGGUUUUCUGGGAAUUUCUGUGUGCUGGGCUGUGAGAGUUUCACGACCGGCAGACAUUUCUGGGAGGUGGACGUGGUAGGGAGAACACAGUGGUAUGUUGGGGUGUGUAGAGAGAAUGUGGAGAGAAAAUGUUUAAUUAAAUUAAACCCCGAGAGUGGAUUCUGGAUAGCGGGGAUGUAUAAGGUGAAUGACUGCCAGGCUCUCACGGAGCCCCGGACCCCACUGUCAUUUGGUGACCCUCCUCCUCAAAGAGUUGGGGUUUUCCUGGACUAUGAGAAGGGGGAGGUGUCAUUCUACAAUGCCAUCGAUGGAUCACAUAUCUACACCUUCAAAAACACCUCUUUCUCUGGGCCUCUGUGGCCUGUUUUCAGGAUUUUGCUCUGGGAUCCCACUGCCUUGACCAUUUGCCCAGCCCAAAGAGAAGUAGGGAAUGCCCUUGUGACUGUCCCAGUGCCUGACCCUUCCCUGGAGACCACAGUGGCCUCAGGCUCAGCUGAUGGGAAUGAGGACCCUCAAGCUGAAGUAACGUCUCUGCUUCUCGCUGCCCAGCCUGGAGCCCAGGGCCUCCUUAAGAGCAAAGUGUCACAGUGA